UUGAGUGCUCGUACUAGUUGAGGGACGUCGCACAUCUACUGGGCGGUGUGUCUGUAUCAGCCGUGCCCGCUCAUCGCAUAUGAUAUAUCACUGCCGAUCUGUCCCCAUUUCUAACCGCCGCGAACACCGUCGUCAUGUCGGCCAUAUCGUCAAAAAACGUCGAGCAUGUCCUGCGAACCGUCUUCCGCCGAUGCGUCCAAUGUGACAAACAGAUCCCCUCCUGCGGAGGUUCCUGUCCCGCCGGCCAACUCUGCGUCCAGGCUCCCCCUAACUGCUCUUCGUGCGCAACGGCUUCCUGCAAAGCAAAGGAGCUCGAUCCCACCGAGACCAACAACCGAUCCAGCAGUGGCCCCAAUGUCGGAGCUAUCGCUGGAGGCGUCGUAGGAGGCGUAGUCUUCAUAGCUAUUGCCACCUUCAUCAUAUGGAAAUAUUGUCUGAAGGGCCGACGGAGGAAGCAUGACGAGGGAGAAUGGCAGGAAGUAGACAUGACCCAGGAAAAGGUGGACCACGACUUCGCAUCGCGGCGCAGCGCUCGGGCAUCCACACACACGGUGGCAUCCAUGGCCUCAUCUGUUCUCACACGCGCCUCCAAUAUUAUCCAGAUCGCCUACAUCCCGGGAGUUACGAACCGGUCAGGUCCUGGAUCGCCUGAUCUCCUAGUUCCUCCUGUUCCUCCUAUUCCAGCAAUGUCUCCCUCAUCUGGCCUCAGCAGCCCAUACUCCGCCUCCGAACAACAUUUCUUUGUCCCAGACUUCCGAGACUCCAUGGCCUCUCAAAGCACCGAUGCCAGUUAUGCCCGUACCAGUUUUGCGCCAAGUAUGGCACGAACCAGCGUUGCUUCCACUGUAUACCGCCAGAAUGCCAUCGUAUCCCCUCUACCUGCGCAAACCAUCGUACGCGGCAAGGCUGCUGUUGUCAGCGUCAAAUCGAGCGGAUCUAAUAGCCCGCUAGACACACCGGGCGCGGAAACUCCACCGGUUCCUCUCAUUGACCCCAAGCAUACCGCACAGCCAAUCCGCAUCCAAAUGCCACGCAUGACCAGCAACGCGUCUUCACUAAGCCCGCAAAACUCGGUCAGAAGUACGGCUACAUUGGGUCCUGUUCGGGCAUUGAACAUCACCAAGAAGAAGACGUCAUUUGAGAACUCGACGCCAAAGAGCUCCUCCUCCUCCUCCACCACGGCCGUAAAUACCCCAUCCCCAGAGCCUCUGGUUCCUCCAAUGAGGCCAUUGACGGAGGUCUCUGUAGCUUCAACGGAAGACAGUGUUCCACACGCUCGUGCUCGAAAAGCCAGGGAUGUAGAUUCAGACUCGGAGUCCGACGACGACGAUCACUCUCGCGCACGACGUAGCCUCCUUAGCUCCUCCUCAAACUUCCGCGAUUCCGAGUUCACCGACAUCUCAGACACACCCGUGACAAUGCAGAGCCCUUUCUCUGAUCCUUCACCAACCGAGUCAGACAUCCCGCAACGACAUGCAUCGGCAUCAAGCGGGCUACGUGCGCCAAUGACACCUAUCGCCGAAGAGUCGUCAAAGCGGGCGAGUCGAGCGUCGAGGAGGACACAAUCUCCAUUCUCAGACGACAAUGCGACUGAUUAAGUUCGCUUCCCUCUGGGUGCUUUAGGCGUUUUUUUUUUUGGAAUAAGCCACCAAUCGUGAGCUUUUUGGGAUAAGAUAUCAAAGCCUUACAUGGCGACAUUUUGGUCUUGUUAGUUUAUUGUUUAUACUUUACUUCUACAGGG